AGAUUUCAUGCCCAACCUAAACCAAGUGGAGGAUCGCAACGACGACGGCUUGGCGCAAUCCCCGGAGCUUGCGCAUGUUGUAGAACCCAGCCACACUCGAGCUGCUUUAGACAUCUUGGGAGCUUGGUCAACGCUGACGACUCUUUCCCGCCUCUCCCACUUGGCACGGAAGUCGCUCAUGAUUUCUUCUUUCCCUCCAACUCCUGCGAAUUCUUUCCCUCCGGAUCUUUCACUGGACUUCACUGCGACUUUUGGGCAGCAUUGCGUGCACGUGGAGCUAUCUCCUUAAACCGUCGGGAGACGUCAUUUCUCGAACCAUCCGAAACCCCCAUUAAGCGCUCUUCACCUCCGACCACCACCAACGACCCCGCGCGCGAGGAAACGCCCAUCAUGGCUGCCGUGCCCGAUACCAGACAUACCAAGACCGACCAGGAGUUGGCGAUCAACAUCAAGAAGGCCACGAACCCCGACGAGACGGCGCCGAAGCGGAAACAUGUGCGCAGCUGCAUUGUGUACACAUGGGACCACCGGUCUUCCCAGGCCUUCUGGGCCGGGAUGAAGGUCCAACCCAUUCUUGCCGACGAAGUCCAGACUUUCAAAGCUCUGAUUACGGUCCAUAAAGUCCUCCAAGAAGGGCACCCGAACACGCUGAGGGAGGCCAUGGCGCAGAGAGGUUGGAUCGACAGCUUGAACCGCGGCAUGGGCGGAGAGGGAGUGCGCGGAUACAGCCCUCUGAUCCGGGAAUACGUUUACUACCUCUUGGCGAAGCUUUCUUUUCACCAGCAGCAUCCCGAGUUCAACGGCACCUUCGAAUACGAGGAGUAUCUCAGUUUAAAGGCCAUCAACGAUCCCAACGAGGGGUACGAGACAAUCACAGAUUUGAUGACACUGCAAGAUAAGAUUGAGCAGUUCCAGAAGUUGAUCUUCUCACACUUCCGUCACGUUGGAAACAAUGAGUGUCGCAUUUCCUCUCUUGUGCCCCUCGUGCAGGAGAGCUACGGUAUUUACAAGUUUAUCACAAGCAUGCUUCGCGCCAUGCACUCGACCACCGGCGACGUCGAGGCGCUUUCGCCCCUACGAGAACGAUACGACGCCCAACAUUACCGUCUCGUCAAGUUCUACUACGAGUGCUCGAACCUGCGCUAUCUGACCAGCUUGAUCACGAUCCCAAAGCUGCCACAAGACCCUCCCAACCUGUUGGCGGAGGACGACGAGGCACCUGCACUUCCGGCGCGCCCGAAGCAGGAAAUUGAGAGGCGCCCCACUCCACCCCCUGAACCGAAAUCACAGGAGCCAGAUGAUAUUUCCGAAUUCUGGAAGAACGAGCUGGAGCGCCAGAACCGAGAGUACGAAGAGCAGCAGAGAGUCCUCGAGGAACAACAGCGUCAGCAGAUGUUGAUGCAGCAACAGGCGCAGCAGCAGGCGCAACGGGACUUUGAGGAGCAGCAGCGGCAGUUGGCGGAGCAGCAGCGCAGGGAGCAGGAGGCCCUGAUGCAACAACAAAUGCAGUAUCAGACCCAGGGUCGGCUUGCAGAGUUGGAACAGGAGAACUUCAAUGCGAGAGCCCAGUAUGAGCGUGACCAGCUUAUGCUCCAGCAAUACGACCAGAGAGUCAAGGGUCUGGAGAAUGAGCUUGCACAGAUCCAGGGACAUUACGGCCAGCAAAUCACGAGCAAAGAUGAGCAAAUCAGAGCUCUACAGGAGCAGGUCAACACGUGGCGGACGAAGUAUGAAGCGCUCGCAAAGCUGUACUCCCAGCUUCGCCACGAGCACUUGGAUCUGCUCCAAAAGUUCAAGUCUGUGCAGCUCAAGGCUGCCUCAGCUCAGGAGGCCAUUGAGCGGCGAGAGAAGCUUGAACGCGAGAUCAAGACGAAGAACCUCGAGCUCGCUGAUAUGAUCAGAGAGAGGGACCGCGCGCUCCAUGACAAGGACCGUCUGCAGGGCGCCAACAAGGAUGAGCUCGAAAAGCUUAAGCGAGAGCUCCGCAUGGCCCUGGAUCGUGCCGACAACAUCGAGAGAAGCAAAGGAAACGAGCUCUCAACAAUGUUGUCUAAGUACAACCGUGAGAUGGCCGAUCUCGAGGAGGCCCUGCGACUCAAGUCUCGCGCUCUGGACGACGCCCAGGCCAAGAUCAGGAAUGGAGACUCUGACCUUGAGCAGCUUCUUCGCGACAAGGAGGAGGAGCUGGAAGUCUACAAGGCUGGCAUGGAUCAGACACUUAUCGAGCUCAACGAGCUGAAGUUGAACCAAGGCGAUACCGACACCGUUAUCGACGGACAGAUUGAUGCCUUGAUCAUGGCCAACCUGGACAAGAUCAACGACAUCAUCGACUCUGUGUUGCAAUCCGGUGUGCAGAGAGUAGAUGAUGCGCUUUACGAGUUGGAUUCAACGAUGCAGGCCGGAAACCAGAACGCGUCGCCAUCCUACGUGCUCUCGCAGAUUGAGAAGGCCUCGUCCAGCGCCAUGGAGUUUGCUACGGCAUUCAAUAACUUCAUCGCCGACGGGCCCAAUGCGACACACGCCGAGCUUAUCAAGGCCAUCAACGUCUUUGCUGGUGCUCUUGCGGAUGUCUGCAGCAACGCCAAGGGUAUCACCCGUCUUGCAACCGAUGAGAAGAAGAGCGAUGCUCUGAUGAAUGGCACCCGGCAGUCCGCUGCUUCUACCGUCAAGUUCUUCCGUGGCCUUCAGAGCUUCCGCCUGGAGGGCAUGGACCCCAUCCAGAAGACGGACGUCGUCAUCAACAGCAACAACGAGGUGCAGAUGAACCUUCAGAAGCUGAACAAGCUCGUCGAGACGUUCGCGCCCAACACUGGCAAGCUCGCGGGCAAGGGCGACUUGGGCGACAUUGUCGAUUCCGAACUCAGCAAGGCGGCCGAUGCCAUUGCGGCCGCUGCUGCUCGCCUCGCCAAGCUGAAGAACAAGCCUCGCGAAGGGUAUUCUUCCUACGAGCUCAAGGUGCACGACGGCAUUCUCGAUGCCGCCAUGGCCAUUACCAACGCCAUUGCGCAGCUGAUCAAGGCCGCCACGGUAACGCAGCAGGAGAUUGUCCAGGCAGGCCGAGGCUCGUCCUCGAGAACUGCCUUCUACAAGAAGAACAACAGAUGGACCGAGGGUCUCAUUUCAGCCGCCAAGGCCGUGGCGUCCUCCACCAACACCCUGAUCGAGACCGCAGACGGCGUCUUGUCAAACCGCAACAGCCCCGAGCAGCUCAUUGUGGCAUCCAACGAUGUGGCAGCCUCCACGGCUCAGCUCGUUGCCGCCAGCAGAGUCAAGGCUGGCUUCAUGUCCAAGAGCCAAGAGAACCUCGAGCAGGCCAGCAAGGCUGUGGGUGCUGCAUGCAGGGCGCUCGUGCGCCAGGUGCAGAACAUGAUCAAGGACCGCAACGCGGAGGACGAGGCGGUCGACUACUCCAAGCUCGGCGCCCACGAGUUCAAGGUCCGGGAGAUGGAGCAACAGGUCGAGAUUCUGCAGUUGGAGAACUCCCUCUCGGCCGCAAGACACAGGCUAGGAGAGAUGCGCAAGAUCUCUUACCAGGAGGACUAAGGGGUUGCGACCACGACGACGUGAGCCAUAGUAGAGGCAGUCGUUUUUUUUUUACAUUCCGCGGCCCGGAGUUGGACUCCGAAGGGAGAGAGAAGGAGAGCGAAUCUUUUGUGGAUUGCGGGGUCGCCCUCUUCUCCCAGUUCUAUCUGGAAUCAUCAUACCUCGGUGUACUUCGGUCGUUUCUUCUUCGCAAAAGGACGGGAGGGGAGGUGUUUGUUUAUUAUUUGAACAUGCUUCUUCAUUGAGGAUCUGUAUCUCCCCCAUUCUCGGUAGAUUAUUCCGGAGUGGGGCGAAGAUCUCUUCUCGUGUGAGGUGAUGGGAGUAUAGGUCAUCUGUUUGAUACAAAUUUUUUGUUGAACCUACCUAUCUUGUGCCAGCUGUGUUGAAUCUGCUUGAGCGUUUACCCAGGGCGGGACGACUAGCAGAUGUGAUGAUGUUCUGAGGAAACUCCACGGUACAUUCA